AUGAAUCGCGAGCUUAAGUUCAAACGAAUACUUCGAAUCCUGGAAAGAUGUUCGGAAGAUCCAAUGUACCUCGAUGAGAUCAAUUUGGUUGUAAACAAAAUUCAGCAGAUUCAGUCAUUGCAAGUGCCAUUUGAAUUUCAUCCUAUUGAUGUCUUCGAUGUACGGAAACAUGUAGUGGAUGUAGUGGCUAAGCGAUAUCUUGAAAAGGCGACAGAUGAUGUGCGUCAUCUUAUUCCAGUCAAUGUCCUUGCUGAUGGAAACUGUCUAUACAAUUCUAUCGUUCUUUUAAUGAAUGAUUCAGCAGUAACGGCAGAGGAAUUGCGAGUUCGAACCAUUAUGGAGCUUACAGCAAAAGAGAAUUAUUAUGAAACUACGUAUUUACAAUUAAUGGGACCUAUCGACAUCGCUAUUAAAUCCAUUUGCAAAAACUAUACAUUUUCGGAACUGUAUGAAAUAGCCGGAUUAUGCAAUGUACUUCAAUGUAAUAUAGGCAGUGUCUAUCCACAAAUCGAUUUUCAACACUACAUGGCUUUAUGGAACAGUGUGUUUAGACCCGUUCCUCCUGUUAUCGCUAACUGUAGUAUCGCACUUCUCUGGUCACAUGCCCAAUAUGAGAACAAUGCUCGAGCGAUCAACAAUGGAACAUGGAGUCCGAAUCAUUUCGUUCCACUUGUCUCUACAAAUAUUCCAGACGAGUCUGAGCACUAUAGCAACUCAGAAUCAACCAAUGUAACUCCACAAAAGCAAACAUUGAAGAAUCGUUCUGCUGUUCAAAUAAGAAUGCCUGAAUUUCAGUCAUCACCCAGUAGGCGACUGCGAACAAAUGAUGGAAGCAUAGAGAGGGAUAAAAAUGCGCCAACUAUUUCCAACCCAAUACAAUAUCGAAACGGUGAUAACAAAGUGCAUCAACGCCAAAUGCAACUUGAAAAGAAAAGACAACGCAGUUGCUCGAGUCGUAUGAGCCAAACGACAGAACAGCAUCAGACCCGACUAGCGAAAGCAAGAGAACGCAGCCGGUCUAGUCGAAUUAGCGAGACAGAAGGACAACAGCAGAAUCGACUUGAGAAAGACAGAGAACGACAACAAUCAGUUCGUGUGAAUGAAACAGAAGAACAACGACAGAAUCGACUUGAGCAACAAAGGAAGCUCAGCAAAACCAGUAGAGUUAAUAAGAAAAUUGGAAAACAACCAUACAAAAAUGGUACUGACCAAAAUAAUGUUAGAGGACGAGUUUCAAUUGAUCAGUCUUGGCCUGAGGCGAUUUCUCGUGAGUUAAAAGAAACCCGUUUACAAGAGUUUCUAGAACAAAUGUCCAUGUCGGCACUGGCGGAGUGCACUUGUGCAGUUUGCAAUAUCGGUACUGCAGAAAAAGAUUUGAAAGCAGUACCAGUCUCACAAAUUCCAAAUAUUCAUUUACUCGAAGUUUCUGAAGAGCUUAGAGGGAUAAUCAAGCAUUUGAACGAAGCCAGUAAUGCUUCUAUCAAUAGCAACAUGGAGACAAUAGAAGACGCUGAAAGUGACAUACCCACUGAAUUACAAGGAUUGACAAUUCCAGAGCAAAAGUUAAUUUCACUUUGUCGUCAUAAUAGCUGCAUAAUAAAACUGCAAUCACCUUUUCAUUCGGCUACAACUGCCCAAACAGCCUUGAAAGGAAAUUGUAUUACUUUUCUUCAAGAUGUACCAAAUAUUGUCGACAGUUUACCUCUCACACUUGAAGAUUUAUGCGAUACGUUGAAGGUAAUAUUCAUCGGAGCUCGACCACCUGAUCGUAUUAAUCUGAAAAGAGUUCUCGCGGUACGCAAAAAAAGAAUUAUUCAAGCGCUACAAUGGUUGAAAAAAUACAAUAUACUUUAUCAAAAAAUCACUAUAAACAUUCAAAAUAUAAAUCGGUUACCAGAAGAUGAUGUGCCAGAGUGCAUAAUGUCAACAUUAGAACAAAAUAUAGGCGAUGAAGCAAUUGAAUCCGAAAGGGUUGGUUACGUGCCGGAUCCGUUGGUUGAUACGAUCGAACCUACUGCUACAGAUGCCAUUCCUAUAAGUAACAGUGGUGUUCUCGAUGUUAAUGGUACAUCAGUGUCUUCAGAAGAAAUCUCUACUUAUAUUUUGAACAAGAUUAAAAAAAACACAGAUCAGACAAAUGCCGAAAACGUUUACUUAAUACCUCAUUCCACAAAACCCGUCAAUGAAUAUUUCAAUCCAAAAUUGUUAGCAGGUUUGUAUUCAACUUUAUUUUGUUAUGGGAUUGGAGCACCCGAAGAUCAAUCGCGCCCAGUUAAAGUAAAUAUACGAGAACAUAUCCGAUAUCUAUUAUCCUACAAUGAUCGUCGUUUCGAAACAAAUCAUAGUUUUAUAUUUGUGGUUUUCAAUUUGUUGCAGCGCUGUGAUGCCUGUUUUCAUGCUCGGUGGACGGACGAUUCGUCGUGCAUAUAA